AUGGACGGCCACGGAUGUCGUAAUAUCACUAAUGUUCGUGCUACUCUCGCAUCUGAUAACGGGAACCCUGGCCACCCCCACAACCCCCAUCGUGACCGCCAGGGGUACCUUGCCGCCAGGGAUAUCAUCCCCCGCCCUGCAGCUCCAGGCCCCAUUGACCUGGAGUCACAGGCGAUCAAUUCCCUCUACGAAGAGCCAUUCUUUUCCUCCGACGAAUACGCAGACUUUUCCAGCACCAGCACCAGCACCAGCUCUCAAUCUUCCCCGGGAACCUCUUUUGAGCACCCGGACUGGCAAUACGCAGAUUGGGCACGCAUCAUCCCGGCGCGUUAUGUGCACUAUGAAGAGCCAGAGAAACCGGAUCAAAAAGGAUGUUGGCAAUGGGGCUUGAUCGUCUUGUUUGUGGUUGCUCUUGGGAGUAUUGGAGGGGUGAUUGUUGCUGUGCAUCACUGA